GGCAGGACUAAAACACAGUGGAGAAGCUUACAAAUCUGUUUGUUUGUUUACUUAAAAAAACGUUUUCUUACAGUUUAAAUAGGUUGUUUGCGGCAUUCUUGAUAGGCGACGGUGAUGGAAUUCUACUCAGAACAGUCUUGUGAUGGGAUAGAACUGCUGGAUCUACUUUUUGAUGAGAAUGAUGGAAUCUUGUGCCAUGAGAACAUGGUGCAUCAUAAUGACCAGCCUUGGCCAGUGCAAGACCCUAAUAUGAUAAUGCCAGCUCGGAGUAGUGAGGACUUCUUCAAUACAGUGCAGAGUGGGACCGACUCUGCAUCUGGUUCUCCAUUAUGGCCGUCAUCUCCAAGUGACAGUGGAAUAAGUGAAGAUCCACACUCUGACCAGAACGAUAGUCCUCCACCUCCUGGGAGUCCUCCACUGGAUCCCUGCUAUGUGUCUUCACACACACAUUGCACUCUUGAUUCAAACACAGCUAUAACCAUCAAUCCUGAUGGCUGGAGGUCUGGUAUUUUACUGGAAAAGCAUGCAAGGAUGCAGCAUGAAUGUGAAGUGCCCCCGGCUCAACUGGCUACCGCCUUCCCCCUCACCAUCAAGGAUCUGCUCCUCUCUGGUGCUCCGGAGACUCCUCCACUGGCCUCACAGCACUCUUGCCAGGAGCUAGUUCUCAAUGAGGAUGAGAAGAAGCUGCUGGUCAAGGAGGGAGUGAGUUUGCCAAGUCAGCUUCCUCUUACCAAGUUUGAGGAGAGGAUUCUAAAGAAAAUCCGCCGUAAAAUCCGCAACAAGCAGUCUGCCCAGGAAAGCAGGAAGAAGAAGAAAGAAUAUGUAGAUGGACUGGAAAGCAGGAUGGCAACGUGCACAGCAGAGAACCAGGAACUGCAGAGGAAAGUCUUCCAUCUGGAGAAAUGUAACAUGUCUCUAAUGGAGCAGCUGCGUCGGCUACAGGCUUUAGUCAUGAAUGGAUCUAACAAACCAGCUCAGGCUGGGACCUGUGUGCUGGUGCUUCUGCUGUCAUUCAGUCUGAUUCUGCUUCCCAACCUGAAACCUUUCAGCGAGAAUAAGGUCAGCCAACAUGGAGACUACAGCCCACUUAGAGUGCAUUCACGGUCACUGCACAGUCUUCAGUCCUCACGGGUGAUCCAUGGUCUCGAGCGUCCUUACCCAGUGGCAGCAGAAUCCAAGUCUGUUUUUCCUGUUGAUGAAAGCAUGGAGGAGAUAACCUCACUAAUGGAGAAACUUCAUGGGACAGGAUUGACUGAAUACAACCUAGAUUCUCACAACGCUAGCCUAGACCAGCAUAAUGAUCAUUACCAUGGUGACCCCAUUACUGGGCAUAUGGCUACAGUGACCUUGAGCUCACAGCGUGGCGCAAGGCUCCAGCCACAUGCAGAUGACAUGUGAAGGGCAGAGAGGGAUUUGUGGAUGGAUUUCUCCAUACUCCUUCCACUAGUCUGCUGCCAGGAAAGUGAUGUAGCCUUUUGUUCUUUAUCUCCAAAACAAAUAGGUGGCAGAUAAAAUGUUAUAACACUAAAUUUAGCAGGUUGGGUAAGCUUACUGAGCUUAUAUGCUGGACUCUAUUUGCACAAGGAUAAUGUAAAAAGGGCAGCGGUAGAUUUACAGCAGUUCUCUGAUCUUCUCACCGCAAAAGCUACAUUUGACUUCACCUUUACCUAAUAACAAUAUGAUAUUGUAUGUUACAAAUCAUUGGUGAGGCUAACAAUCGCUUACAGUAAAUGUGGGUACAUAGGUUAUUGAUGCUUAAAAGAAAGGAUUAUGCACAAAAAAAAGAAUAAUUUCCCGGUGAUUAGUGAACAAACAUUUUGCUUCUACAUGAAAUGUGAAACUGUGCCAUACAGCUUUGGUCAUGUGAUGAACGAAUAACUCCAUGUCAUAGUUUAAAUGUUUACUUGUGUGUGUGUGUGUGUGUGUGUGUGUGUGUGUGUGUGUAUACAUAUGUAUCAGUUUAUAUACAGUAAUGUGCAAAAGUCUUGAGCCACCCCUCAUUCACCCAUAUUAAAUGAAAAGAUGUAGAUUCAAUGAAAGAAACAGGAACAAUGUUUUACUGUGACAGGCUGCAAAGUGCAUUAAAAUACAGACACUUAAUACUGAUUGUUUAUAUAAUUAUCAGAGCAGCAACCUCAUUUUCCCUCUCAUCAGUUCCAGCCACUCAGCACUCAACAUCACCAGUAUACUGAUCAUCUGUCAUCAUCUGCCACCUGUUUCUCACUGGUUCAUGCCUUGAGUUAGACUUUUUUAUGCUUCAAUAAUUCAUAAAUCACUGUGUGGCUAAAAAAGCAAACAAACAAAAAGUCCUGUGGAACUGAUUACAGGAAAUGUACUGUAAAUGAGAGCCAAAAAUAAAAUAAAAAAUAAAAAAUCAUGGAGCUAGGAGAACUAACCUUUAGGACUUUGCUGUUUAGAAGCAAAAAUAUGAAUAAAUGGGGGGAAUUAAGACUUUUGCACAUAUACACACACUAAUCUUACUGCACUGUAAAAGCUAUAAUCAUUUUCAAUGUAUUAAAGCACUUUAUGCAGCUUAUUUUAUGUUAUGUUCAAUAAAUGCUUGUAAACUUGU